UAUAACAAACAAACCCUAAUCAUCCCCACCCACAAACAAACCCUAGGUACACACAUUAUCCUCUAACCAUCGCCGGAGCAGGAGCAGGAGCAGGAGCAGUUACACAUCGCCGGAGCAGCAAACCAUGGGUCGAGUCCGCACCAAAACCGUGAAGAAAUCCUCUCGUCAAGUAAUCGAACGGUACUACUCAAAAAUGACACUCGAUUUCCACACAAACAAGAAGAUCUUAGAAGAAGUUGCAAUCAUUCCGUCGAAACGGCUCCGGAACAAGAUCGCUGGAUUCUCAACGCAUCUGAUGAAGCGGAUCCAGAAAGGUCCGGUGAGAGGGAUCUCGUUGAAGCUGCAGGAGGAGGAGAGAGAGAGGCGCAUGGACUUUGUUCCGGAUGAAUCCGCAAUUAAAGUGGAUAGGAUUGAGGUUGAUAAGGAGACGAUUGAGUUGUUGGCUUCGCUUGGGAUGAGUGAGAUGCCGGGGAUUGUGCUCAAGGAGGAUACGCCGGUGGUUUCCGGUGGGAUUCCUGGUGGUUAUGGUGGUGCACGUGGUGGAAGGAGGUACUGAUAGCUUAAUGGUACUGUUUUUGGUUUUGAAUUAGGGUUUUUAUGUUUAAGAUGUUUUGAGUUUUGUUAUGGAUUAAAGUUUAAAACUUUGAGAAUUUUAUUAUCAUUUGCAUUGAUUAUGUUAUUUGAGAUUUGGAAUCUUUAGGGUUUUGAUUAUGGAUAUGUUUUGGUUUAUGUUA